CGCUGUGGGGGGAGCCGGAGCCGCAGCUCCCGGCACAGCCUUGCCUCCCCUCCCCCGGGGCUGACAUGUGUCCACUCGCGGCAUCUCGGUCUUGCGCCCCCGCCGUGAUCCGGCGCCCCUCCCGGCCCACCUCUGCCACCCGCCUCAGCGACCUGCCUGGAAGCCGAGGGAGGCGGCCAGCAGCGGGACGACGAGGACCCCGGUCUCAAGUUGCCGUCAUUGCCCUCCCUUCCCCCGCAACUCUCCGCUACCUGGCAACCUCCACCCUUCCGGGCUCCGGAGGGGGACUGUCGCCCUCCCCUGGCUCGCCGUCCACCCUCCAUCUCUGGCCGGAGGAGAGGGCUCGGGGCCGUCCCCCCCCACCCCCCGCCCACCCUCACUCUGCGGGGUUAUUGUAUGUGGCCUGAGGCCCGCCGAGGGGCUGCCAGCAGAUAAGCCAUCCCCUCGGCUGCGCACGCCGGGGGCGGCGGAGGCGUGGGGACGCGUGUCCCGGCUCCCCUUCGCCGCGGGAAAGCGGGACGAGGGGGCGCAAGUGCGGUGGCGGCCGGGCCGCGACGGCUGUUGCGGGAGCUCUCCGGCAGCGGCCGAGCCGCGGGGAGCGCUGCGGCGGUAUGAGGCUCCCCGAGCGCGCGCGCGGGUGUGCGCGUGAGUGCGUGCGCGCUGCGCUGGGAUCCUUUGUCUGCUGCCGCCACCGCUCUCCCCUCCUCCCGCCCUCCCUUCCUUUGCUCCCUCUGCCUGCCUCUCCUCCCUCCUCGCCUUUCUCUCUCCCUCCCUUCGUUGCCCUCUCUCGCAGACUCCAAGCGGUGCUGCAGCUGCAGGUUUGUAAAUACUGGACCAACACACACACAACAUGGCUGACGCUCGCCCUGCUCCUCCACCAGGGUCUCCGCCUUCUCCCUCUGUCUCCGCCGCUUAGCCUCUCUUCCGUGUAGGCUUUUGUUUCUUCCCCCUCCCCCCUCAUCUCCCAUCCAAAAAAAAGAGGAAAAAACAAUUCACUCUCCUUAUUGCGCGCAUGGCGGGAUUUCAAGGAGUACUGUAAUUGAAAGUGCAUCUUAUGCAUUUGAAGAAAGACAAAUUCGUGAUUGAAUGGUGGAUUAGCAAGUAGCUAUCGUAUUCCAAGAGUAAGAAGAUAUCCUAGGAACUGGGAAGAACUGGAUUUUCACCCUAGUCCAGCAGCUUUGCUGCUCACUUAAACACAGAUGAAUGAAGACCCCAUUUGGAAAAUCACCAGGUCAGCGGUCCAGAGCUGAUGCAGGUCAUGCAGGAGUGUCUGCAAGCAUGAUGAAGAAAAGGACUUCCCACAAAAAGCAUAGAAACAAUGUGGGACCAAGCAAACCUAUUUCUCAGCCACGAAGAAAUAUUGUAGGCUGCAGAAUACAACAUGGAUGGAAAGAAGGAAGCGGACCUGUAACACAAUGGAAGGGCACAGUUCUUGAUCAAGUUCCUGUAAAUCCCUCUCUCUAUCUUAUCAAGUACGAUGGAUUUGAUUGUGUGUAUGGACUAGAACUGCACAAAGAUGAAAGAGUUUCAGCACUUGAAGUUCUUCCAGACAGAGUUGGAAAUGUUGUCAUUUCAGCUUCAUCUCGAAUUAGUGAUGCCCACCUGGCAGACACAAUGAUUGGUAAAGCUGUGGAACAUAUGUUUGAGACAGAGGACGGCUCAAAAGAUGAAUGGAGGGGGAUGGUUUUGGCUCGAGCUCCUAUUAUGAACACAUGGUUUUAUAUUACCUAUGAGAAAGACCCCGUCUUGUACAUGUACCAGCUCUUAGAUGAUUAUAAAGAAGGUGACCUUCGCAUUAUGCCCGAUUCGAAUGAUUCACCUCCUGCAGAACGGGAACCAGGAGAAGUUGUGGACAGCCUGGUAGGCAAACAAGUGGAAUAUGCCAAAGAAGAUGGCUCAAAAAGGACUGGCAUGGUCAUUCAUCAAGUUGAAGCCAAACCAUCUGUCUAUUUCAUCAAGUUUGAUGAUGAUUUCCAUAUUUAUGUCUAUGAUUUGGUGAAGACAUCCUAGACGUUAUCUUGAACUUUUGCCAAAUUUGUGGAACUAUUAAAUGUAAAAUUUGUAGACACAAAGACUUGACUGCUUUCCAGUUUAAUGAAAGCUUAAAUGUCCCUGCGAACCCACAAUCUCUGCCAGCAAAACUGUUUUGUUCUGAAUAAUAUAAACGUGACACAUUUUGUGUAAGAGAACUCCUUUUCUUGAAGGAAGUCAAUAUAUUUGGGCAGGAGGGAGUUAAAAGCAAAGAACAGCUGCAAAUUCAAGCUGUGUAAAGUUGCUCUAAUAUUGUAAUGGUUAAUCUAAACUUUUUCAUAGAUUUUAACUUUUUCUUCAACCUUGCACUCACUUGUUCAACUGCCACAUGCAAGUGUAGUUUGAUAUUUUGAUAUGCCUUCUUUUGUAACAUUAAAUUUCAUUUCUUGGCUA